AUGUCUUUCCACGACCCUCUCAAUCAUAAUACUAGUGCCUUGGAUAUCCAAGACCCCAUAUUUCACGCAUGUUGGCGACGUCAAUCCUGCUCUGAGUGCUUAUCAGGGGAUAUAGCCUGCAGCUGGUGUGCAAUAUCAUCAACCUGCGUCCCUAAUGCUGCACGGGUGCCCAUACUAGCGCCUAUCGGAUCGGAUCAGAUCUGUCCCCUUGGAUCGAAAGAGAGGUGGGAGCUCCGAGCGCGGCCACUCGGUUGUAAUGUCAGCACGUUGACUGCCCUCUCAACUACGGUUGCUAUAUUGAGUACAUUGGCCUUGCUUGGUCUUGUUUCAUUGAUUAUUUGGUCGGCGAAGCGCAUUCGUCGGCGUAUGAAACAGACGGAGUAUGAGCGCUUGGAUGAAUCUGAUGCACCUUUGUGGCGUAGAUUGACUCGGAUGGAUGUGGAGCCAUUCGUUUCAUUUGCUAGUUUAUUUGGUCUGGGGCAGAUGCAGGUACAAGAGACAAAUCAAGAUGUAAUGGAAGAAGAUCAGGAAGAUGGGGAAAGGAGACCAUUGUUAGAGUCACGGUAA